AUGGUAGCGCCAAGCUCACGAGACAAGCCUACAAGGCGCUUGAAAAAGGGCACCGAAACCACAAAAAAUCAUCGCUGGGAGCCCUUUUCGCAGCGUAUCGCAAAGCUCAAAAUCGACCCGAUUCACCGCGUGCGCCGGGCGAGCUUUGGUGAAGAUGACGAGACCUCGUCGUAUUUCCGAUCGGCCCUCGAUCAUUGGGUCGAAAUGAACCUUUCCGACAAUUUCAGCACAUUUGCCCGCCGUGUGAACAACCUCUCCGAGACCCUCGCCCAGAUUCUGUACCACGAAGAGAAGAUAAUGGCCCUGUUGGUGGAGUUUAUCGAGAAGAGAGACCAGAACUCAAUCGAGCCUCUGAUGAGUCUGCUGGCUCAGUUUGCUCGAGACCUGGGAGUGAAGUUUGAGAAGCACUUUGCGACCUCGGUGACUUUAGUAGCGUCGGUUGCUGCAACACACCCUGAUGUUGAAGUGGUGGAAUGGAGUUUCACUUGUCUAGCAUGGAUUUUCAAAUUCCUCUCCAGACUCUUGACGCCGGACUUGCGUCAACUUCUCGGCAUCAUGACCCCAUAUCUCGGCAAAGAGCGACAAAAGCCAUUUGUAGCUCGGUUUGCCGCCGAGUCCAUGUCUUUCCUGAUCCGCAAGGCAGGCCUCACCUACUAUAAAAAUAAGACGCCCCUCGAAAACGCCGUCUCUUACCUCUACGACGAUAUCACAAAAGCAGCCGAGGAAGGAAACAAUGUCGAAAACUACAAGGAGGGUUUAAUGGUAAUGUUCGCAGAUGCCAUCAAGGGUGUUAACAAUGGUCUCCACUCCAACGGAAUGGAUAUAUUGCGUUGUGUUCUGGAUCAGAUUCCCCCGUCUAGUGGGACUCGCAGUCAACCAGCGCAGGUUGCUGUUGGAUUGGUCAUCAAUCUCAUUCAUCACACCACUCCCGAGACCUUUGGCCCAAUCCUCGAAACAGUCAAGGAAUACGUUGAAAGCCGGUCUCAGGGCUCCGAUAAUCCCAACUUGCCCGAGUGCUGCCGGCUCAUAUUUGUCUGCUUCGGAACCCGUAAGGCAACCCGAAUCAGGGACUGGAAGGCCGUGCAUCAGACCCUUGUGUCCCUUCUGAAGCAGGUGGUAUCAAACCCAGAUGUGGACUCGGAAACAAUUACACAGCUCCUCGGCGCCGUCGCCUAUGCCCUUCAGCUGUCUCCAAUGGAUGAGCUGUUGCCAUUUUUGCGACCCCUGAUGGACCUUGUGUCCACCGGACCCCUCUCAAAAUACUUCUUGUUUUUCUGCAACACAUUUUCACAAUGGGGCUCCGAGCGUUUCCAAAGUCUUCUUGUUCCCUAUUUCCAAAAGUUUCUCAAUGCUUCCUGGAAAAUGCACGAAUGGGAAACGUGCUUGACGCUCCUCCGACUCAACCAGUCUGGCUGUAUCACAUCCGAAGCUUCGAAGCCAGGCUAUGUCUCAUGCCCCGAAGGCUUGAAGUCUCACCUCUAUGACUCUUUGAAUUACCCUACAAGUGACGAACGUGUUUUGAACGCGCUGGUCAAACUUCCCAAGGCCAUCUCAUUGUUUGCAGACUCUGCUAGUCUUCCUAAGAUUGUGAAGAAGCUCCAUAGCAAUCUUGUUUCCGCCUUGAACGAUGCCGCCACCCAGAAAAACGCACAGCAGAACAGUGGCUUGAUUUUCUACCUUGGCCAGGGGUUCAAGAUUUACGUCGAUCUGGCUACCCAAGCCGGAAAACUGGACACAGAGCUGUGGGAAUCAAUCCUUACUGCCUCUGCUGAAUUCUCGCGUCUUCCUCUAUUCCUCGAGGGUGUUCUGACUUUCGUUUCUGCUCUCCCCCAAUCUUCAGAGCUGGAAACCUCGACGCUGGAAGAAUUUGCUCGCAGCUUGAUCCUCAAUCUUGCCAGUCCUUCCCAGCGACUGAGACUUGUCUCUCUCCAGAUAUUACGUGAAUUGAUCAGCCGGGUUCCUGGAGAUGACGUUUCUCCUGUCUCCUUGGCAAUUGAGAUCGAAGAAAGCCCCCUCACUCUUCAAAGUGCCAGAACUGUAUCUAUGCAUCUCCGCAAAUUGGCACUUCUCUACCCCCCAGAUCGCUUCUCGCAGGUGGAUGGCCAGCCUUAUCCCCGAACAUCCAGAGGGGAGGCAAUUGUUUCAGACUUGUCUGUUCAGUGGCUGCAAGAGCGGGACUCUGGCACUACGAACGAGGAAGAACCCGAGGAAGAGAAUGAAGAUUCAUUUGUCUCGAGCCGUUUCGAGUGUUUCAAUGUUCGCAAGAUUGAGAAUGUUUCCACCGCCAACGCGAAGACCAUGCAGGAUCCUUUGGCCGCCUUGUCCAUCCAAUUUGACAAGGAUCACAAGAUUGCAGACCUUGUUCCUGGGUUCCCCCGAAGCCAUGCGCUGCGCGUCUUGAGUGCUACCCCCAAUGUGGCCGAGAAGCGUUCACGUCAAAUCAUGCCAUUAUUCCUGACCUGGGCUACACGCGAUGACCAGGACGAUGCUCCCACCGCCAAUGAUGCCAAUGACACCAGUGACAUCAAUGACGCCGACACGGAGACCGAUUCCACACCGAUCAAAUGGGGUUUCAAAGACCGCCUGGCUAUGCUUGGUCUGCUAGGCCAAUUCAUCAACCCCAAGGUUUUGUACAAGGCCCCCAAGGUUCACGAGGCAGUCCUUGGUCUUUUGUGCCACGGUAAUUCGGAGAUCCAGAAAGCUGCUCUCAAAGCUCUUUUCACUUGGAAGAAUGCGCACGUUGUGCCCUAUCAAGAAAACUUGCUGAACAUUCUGGAUGAGGCCAGAUUCAAAGACGAGAUGUCUGUCUUCGUGCGUGUUGGUGGCGAAGACAGUCUGAUCGAGCAGGAGCACCGUCCUGCCUUGCUUCCUAUACUUCUUCGACUUCUUUAUGGUCGCAUGAUCUCCAAAGCUGGUGGAUCUGGACAGGCUGGCCAGGUUGGUCGACGUAAGGCUAUCCUGCGCUCUCUUUCUCUUCUUUCCGAGGAGGACUUUGGACUUUUCAUGCAGCUCGCGUUCGGCCCUCUCUCUCAAGUCUCCGUUGUCAAAGACAACAGCGAGGUCCCAGCCGCAUUCUCGGAGGAGCUCACCAGCCCCAGAAGACAACUUGGUCUGCUCAAGAUGAUUGAUACAGUUUUUGAAACUCUCCAGAGCCGUAUGAUUCCAUUUUCUGUCCAGACAAUGAACGUGGUCAUCUACUGUCUGGUUCGAGCAUGCCGAGCAAUCUAUGACGAAAACAGUGACAUUUAUGUGGAUAGAGAAGACGAACGUCUUCUGGCAAUCUUCCAGAAUAUCCGCCAGACCUGUAUUCGCUGUAUGACUUUGAUCUUUUCGGUCUCGUCCGACCUCGAUUGGACACCAUAUGCUGGAUCUAUUCCCAUCGAGACCGCCCAGGGUGUCUCCGGACUCCUCCGCCUCUUCCACACAUGGGCAUCUGCACCGAGAUCGACAUUUUAUCUCGUUCAGCACAACAAAGAUGUCCUCACUAAGGUCAUUGACUGCCUUGGCGUCGAGUCGGCACGCGAUGAGGUUAAGAUGUUCGUCAUGGAUGAAGUCCUUAUUCCACUUGUGCAGCAGUCUACUGGAAAGAAGGAGGGAGAAGACCUGGAAAUGUCGGAUAUCUCUCCUGAGCAGAUUCGCUCCGAAGUUCUCUCUCCCUACCUUGAGCACGCUCUCUCCCUCCUCGGCCCUCUUUUAAGAGUUGGCCCUCCUUCGAAGCCUGUGCUGAAUUCGGCAUCUCUACCUACCUUCUUCGCCAACCCCCCCGACCGUGUCAGUCCCAAGACCAAGUCUGGCCUCUUGCGAAUCCUCGAGCAUUUCCUGCCCUUGUACACCCCGGAGGACGAUGCCAAGCUUUCCCAACAAGUCUUCGAGGCGGUUGUAUCCAUGUUCGAUUAUUUCAAGGACGAUGCGAACAGAGAGGUUUUGGCACGAGUUUUCGCCGCGCUCGCGAGUCACGACAAAGAACUUACCGAAGUCGCUGAGCUAUGUGCGGAUCUCAACUCUCGCUCCUCCAAAAAGCUCGAGCCGGAUUAUGAACGUCGUCUUCAGGCCUUCAGAAAGAUCAACGAUGAUCUGUCGCAAAAGCUGAAUGCUAAGCAGUGGAGGCCUAUUCUCUACAAUAUGCUUUUCUAUGUCAAGGACGAAGAAGAAUUAGCUGUUCGAUCCAGCGCUUCCUUCGGUCUCAGACGUUUCAUCGACAGAGCCGCCACCGAGGCCGGCGCGGAUGACUUUGAAGCUCUUUUGAAUGAGGUCUUUAUCCCCGCGAUGAAGUUUGGAGUUCGAAACAAGGCCGAAUUAAUCCGAGCUGAGAUUGUUGCCGCUCUUGGCUACUUUAUCAAGCUGAACCCCACUCGGCCAUCCGUGCAGGAUAUGCAUGAUCUGCUCAUGGGUGAUGAUGAAGAGGCAUCUUUCUUCACCAACAUUCUUCACAUCCAGCAGCACCGUCGUCUUCGUGCAUUGCGGCGUCUGGCAGGCGAAGCCGCCAAGGGACAUCUCCAGCCCACCAACUUGGGCUCCAUUUUCCUGCCUCUCAUUGAGCACUUCGCGUUUGAGGGCGCUGAGGAUGAGAGUGGCCACAACCUGAUUGCCGAAGCUGUCGCCACUAUUGGUGCCCUCGCCGAGUGGCUGGACUGGAGCCAGUUCCGCAACAACUUCCGCAGAUAUCGCGGGUACAUGCAGAGCAAGCCAGAAAUGGAGAAGAAUAUUCUCAGACUUCUGGGCAGAAUGUCCGAUGCUUUGUCUAGUGCGAUGGACCAGAAGAAGGAGACCAGCAACGAGGCCAGUGUUAAUGCCGAUGCCAUGGAUACUGUUGAAGUCAAGUGCACGCUCGCGAAAACUGUUCCCGAUCUGGCGAAGGUUUCAACCGAGCUGACCACCAACUUCAUUCCUUUCCUGACUCACUUCAUUCACCACAAGAACGAGGCUGAAAUGAGUCUCCGUCUACCGGCUGCUGUCACCACGAUCAAGCUUCUCAAGAUUCUCACUGAGCAGGAAAUGGCCAUUCGCUUGUCGCCAGUUCUUCUCGAUGUCUGCAGUAUCUUGAAGAGUAAAUCGCAAGAUGCCAGAGACACUGCCCGAAAAACUCUCAGUGACAUCUCACUUCUUCUUGGUCCACCCUACUUCGGCUAUAUCCUGAAGGAGCUGCGUCAUACUCUUCUGCGCGGAUACCAGUUGCACGUUCUCUCUUUUACCGUUCACUCCUUACUGGUUGUGACCACUGAUCACUUCAACCAGGGUGACUUGGACUACUGCCUUCCGGAACUGGUUUCGGUCGUCAUGGACGACACUUUUGGCACAGUUGGACAAGAAAAGGAAGCCGAGGACUAUGUAAGCAAGAUGAAGGAAGUCAAGAGCAGCAAGAGCUACGAUUCAAUGGAGCUCCUCGCUAAGAACGCCACGGUCGUCGACCUUUCUAAACUUGUUAGCCCUCUCCAGGCUCUUUUGCGGGAGAAGCUUAAUUCCAGCAUGGUUAGGAAGCUUGACGAGCUCAUGAGGAGAAUUGGAAUUGGUCUGUUGCGAAACCCCGGUGCUGAAAGCCGAGAAUUGUUGAUUUUCUGCUACGAAAUCAUCAAGGAGUCUUACAACGACAACAAAGAGGGACAAGAGAAGCGCCCAGAAACCGCAAUCGAGCGGCGCUUUCUGGUCAGGCUUCAGGGUGCCAAGCGGGGUGAGAAACGUGGCAUCACGUCCUCGCAUACCUAUAAAUUGACCAGGUUCUCGCUUGACAUCCUUCGCGCUAUUCUCAACAAGUUCGGCUCGCUUAUGACACCGGCCAAUCUUUCUGGCUUCCUGCCCAUCAUUGGCGAUGCUCUCGUACAGUCUCAUGAAGAAGUUAAGAUCUCUGCUCUUCGCCUGCUGUCUACAAUCAUUAAGCUUCCAAUGCCCGAGCUUGAUGAAAACUCUCAUGUCUACCUUACGGAGGCUGUCAAGAUGAUCAAAGAGUCCCCAACCACCAACUCGGAGGCAUCCCAGGCGUCUCUCAAGCUAAUUUCUGCCAUGAUCCGCGAACGCAAGAGCACCAAGCUUCGUGAUGGACAUCUCGCAUACUUACUCCACCGUCUCAAGGCCGACAUUGAAGAGCCUGAUCGCCAAGGCAUCACGUUCAACUUCAUUCGCGCUGUCAUGUCGCGCAAGUUCGUUGUGACUGAGAUGUAUGAGUUGAUGGAUUCUAUCGCAACCAUGAUGGUCACAAACCAGACCCGCUCUGCCCGUGAUCUUGCUCGGGGUACGUACAUUCACUUUUUGACUGAAUAUCCUCAGGCCAAGAACCGCUGGACAAAGCAGCUUGGCUUCCUCGCGAAGAACUUGGAUUACAAGCACCAAGAGAGGACGGCAGAGUUGGCGCAAGACAUUGUCAGCACCUUCUUCCUUCCCGUCGUGCUUGCCAUGGCAAAUGACGAUUCGCCCGAGUGCCGUGAGAUGGCUGGUGCUCUACUCAGCCAAUUCUAUAGCCGUGCAGACCGGGAGCAGAUGAAGACAAUGUUGACUCCCCUCCGCUCGUGGCUGGAGCAGACUGAUAACAUGGCUCUGAGCAGUGUCGGCCUGCAGGCCAUGCGGAUCUACUUCGAAGCAGAGGAGACAGAGAAGGACAAGCAGGCUCGCUUCGUGAUUGGAAUUCUGCCCGACCUGAUCCAGCCAAUCGCCGACGAUCACGAGAACGGGAACUGGGAGACUCUUUACUUUGCCCUGCAGCUUUUCACGAAGCUCUGCAAGACGGUUCCAUCUCUCGCUCUGAGCCAAGAUUGCUCUGCUAUUUGGACCGCCAUUCGAGAAUCGUUGUUCUUCCCUCACACCUGGGUCAAGUCCUGUGCUGCCAACCUCGUGGGAACCUGGCUGUCCGAUCUUGCCAAGACCCACGCUGCCGCUGGCUACAGUGCUCUUCCUUUGACUUGUACCACCGGCCUCGUCCUUGACAAGGAGGCUAUGCUGCAACUCAUCCGAGCCAGUCUCCGCUGUCUACGCACACCAGGUCUCACCGAUGACCUUGCCCUGCAAAAUGUGCGCAAUAUUGUCUUCCUUGGCCGUUGCUGUGCCCAGAACGGUCUCGAGCUCCAGAAGACCGGGACCGAAGAUGAUGUCGAGUCAGAAGAUGACGAGGAAGAGGAGGACGAAGAUGCCGACGAGGCUGUCAACGAAGCCGCCACAAACGGUGCCGCCCCUAUCAAGACUGCUCUCCACUAUAUCUUCGGGCAAAUCGCAUACCUUCUCCGUCGGGAAGUCCUCGGAGGUCGUCCCGCAGCAUUGGUCCCCAAGACUGCAUCGAUCACUUUGCUCGCUGCGUUAAUCCGCCACCUUGAACCCGAGCAAAUUAAACCCUCGCUUCCGGUCAUCCUCCUUCCCCUUCAGCAUUUGACCGACACGACUAUCCCCGGCCCGCGCUCAGCCGAUCCUGCCUUCCAGGAUAUCUACAAGGGACUUGUUUCCAACUGCCACGAGGUCCUGGACUUGCUGCAAAAGAAGCUCGGAAGUUCCGAGUACAUUGCCCAGAUGACCAAGGUGCAAGAGACUGUCAAGGAGCGUCGUGAGGGUAGACGGACUAAGCGUCGCAUUGAGGCUGUCGCCGAUCCAGAGCGCCACGAGCGUGACAAGAAGAGGAGGAACGAUCGCAAGAGAGAGAAGAGAAAGGAGAAGGGUCUGGAGCACCGUGGAAAGAGACGGGGAUGGUAA